CGACUGUCGAACUCGACUGGACAUACACAAGUUUGCUACUUGGCACGCGCAGAGCAGUGGCAACAUAGACCCUCAAGGACAAGGUUACUAAUAUCCUAUCUUUUGCGAACCCAUUCACUCUGAUAAUCGUCGAACAUGAGUGAUUCCAGUUCAUCAUCCGAGAGCGAGGUUGUGCAGCAGGCCAAGAAGCCCACUUCGAAGGCCACAAAGAAGAAGGUGACUGAGCCAUCGAGACCAGCUACCUCAUCACACGGGAAGAACGAAGGCACAGAUCCAAACCAUGCAUACCAACCUCCUCCAGGCGCAGUGCCCGUGGACCACUCUGUCGAUUCAGGAGACUUUGAUUGGGAUGCUAUCAAAGACGAUGAGGACUUGGAGUUAUGGGUUGUUCGCGUGCCGCAGGGGCUCAAACCAAAGCACCUCCAAGGCAUCAAGCUCGAGGCACCUUCAUCAUCGGAGACCUCACGUAUAGGCAGCGUUGAUCGCAAACACGCCUCCUACGACGUGUGGUCACUGGGAGACUCGCCGUCAGACCAUGUAGGCGGAGAGGAGCUUAAGCGACUAUCUUGUUUGCUACCGCGGAAAAGCAAGGGAGGGAAGCUUUACCAAGCACCCAACCUCAUCGCAAAACAUAUUGUCGUUGCUGCAAAGCCGGAUGCACCUACCCCGGCGGCGGAAUCCGCAGAGGCUGGCGAAUCAAUGUACAAGAACCCCCCACGCCCUCGCUAUCCGCUGGAGGUUCUUAAGCACCGAUUCAUGCCGUUGGGCUCACUCGCACAUACCGAUGCACCAGAUACAAUGGACGUUGACCAGCCAGAGCAGGCCGCACCGCCGCCCAAGAAAAAGCGGAAAGGUGAUGGAGAGUCGAAGAAGUCUAAGAAAAGCAAGGCCGCUGCUUCGUAGCCCUUCCAGCGU